AUGAAUGCCCUCAAGGGACGAGUAUCCACUGAUCUUGAUGACCUAGUAAACAGAACUGACUCACCAUUCACUACGUCCGUCAACUCAUUCCCCCUACCAUCGAAAUUCCGCAUGCCUCAGAUUGAAAGCUACGACGGGGUCAAGGACCCCCUCGAUCAUCUAGAGACUUUCAAGACCCUAAUGCACCUUCAAGGGGUACCAAACGAGAUCAUGUGUAGGGCAUUCCCGACGACACUGAAGGGCCCUGCGAGGGUUUGGUUUAAUAGAUUGACACCAAGCUCCAUCAAUACUUUCAAGGAGUUGAGCGCCCAGUUCACCUCGCACUUCAUAGGCGGACAUCGGUACAAAAGGUCCACCGCGUGCUUAAUGAGCAUCAAGCAGCGAGAAGACGAGACACUGCGGGCCUACAUAACUCAUUUCAACAAGGAAGCCCUUUCAAUUAACGAAGCUGACAAUAAGAUACUCGUAGCUGCAUUUACUAGCGGGCUACGGAAGGGUAAGUUUUUGUUUUCUUUAUACAAGAAUGACCCGAAGACCAUGACAGACGUGCUCUACAGAGCUACCAAAUACAUGAAUGCAGAAGAUGCAUUGCUAGCCCGCGAAGAGAAGCCUAAGAAGAGGGAGAGACAGGAGGACACGCGACAAGACAGAGGGCGAAAGGUUGCUAGAAUCGGAGAUCAACGAGAUGAAAAGCGCCCUAGACCCCCCACUGGAAGGUUCACCAAUUUCACUCUAUUAACCGCCUUGAUCGAUAAAGGAGCACUGACGUUCCCUGGUAAAUUAAAGGGAGAUCCCAACAAAAGGCCAAGGGACAAGUAUUGUCACUUUCACCGAGACCACGGGCAUGACACAGCCAACUGCUACGGCCUAAAACAGCAGAUUGAGGCCCUUAUCAGACAAGGGAAGCUACAUAGGUUCGUCAGUAGGGAAAGAACCGAUCCGCCGCAGGAACAGGCCCCACGACGGGAGAACGAGCACCCUAGACCACCUAUAGGGGACAUAAGAAUGAUCGUAGGGGGUACAACCGUAGCCGAAUCUUCCAAAAAAGCCCACAAAACCUACCUCAAGAUGGUCCAUAGCGUCCAACUUACAAGAUCCAUACCCAAGAUGCCGCGAAUAGAUAACCCUGUUAUCGGAUUUUCAGAGGAUGACGCUCAGAAACUUCAUCAUCCUCAUGACGACGCACAGAGACUUCAUCAUCCUCAUGACCACGCACUUGUGGUCAGCUUGCAAAUAGGGGAUUAUAACAUGCAUCGGGUCCUCGUCGACAACGGCAGCUCAGUAGACAUCCUGUACUAUCCAGCAUUCCAGCAAAUGAGAAUUGACAAGGAACGGUUGACGCCAACGAAUGCCCCACUCAUGGGAUUUUGGGGAAAGAAGGUGUUCCCUUUGGGCGCAAUAACACUAGUUGUGACGGCAGGUGACUAUCCUCAGCAGAUCACUAAAGAGCGAGCAUUAGCAGAGCCAGUUGAAGAGCUAGAAGAGGUGAGACUUAAUGACACGAGGCCUGAACAGACGAUUAAUAUUUGCACACUAGCCAGUUGGCCAGUACGCCAAACGAUCACGACUUUCCUCAGAGAUAACCAAGACAUGUUCACCUGGAGUCAUGAAGACAUGCCAGGAAUCGACCCCUCAGUCAUGGUCCACAAGUUAAAUGUGUCGCCCUCAUUCCCUCCAAUUCGGCAAAAGAAACGAGUUUUCGCCCAGGAGCGGGACAAGGCCAUAGCCGAGGAGACUCGAAAAUUACUAGAGGCAGGUUUCGUCCGGGAAGUAUACUACCCCGACUGGUUGGCAAACGUUGUUAUGGUUAAAAGGGCCAACGGAAAUUGA